ACUCGAAGAGCUGGGUUUGGGAAGAAGAGGAAGAGGAGGAGCAGUGAGUCGCAGGAGCUGCUUAAAUACCAGGGGACUCAAGGACUCCCUCUCGUCUUUCUCUCUGCAGAGUGGAGAUGGGCUCCCGGGUUUUCCUGCUGUUUGCCUUCCUGCUUCUGAGUUCUGCAAAGCCUCCAGACCCGGAAUAUGUCCUGAUCGUGCCUUCAGUCCUCGAGUCCGACACUUCCAACCAGGCCUGUGUGCAACUUCAGAACAUCAAUGAGUCAGUUACCUUGACGAUUGCACUCGACUACAACAUGGACCACUACGAUCUUUGGGAAGGGCCUGUGGCUGAGAACCACUUUUCUCAGUGUAUCAACUUCACAGCACCCCCUGUGGCUUCAGAACCUCUGGCCUUUGUGGUUCUUUCCGUCGAAGGCUCCUCGAUCCACUUCCUCGAAAGGAGGUCUGUGGCCCUCCGGAAGAGAAGCACAGCGAUCUUUAUCCAGACGGAUAAGCCAGUCUAUAAACCGGACCAAAAAGUGAUGUUUCGUGUCAUUACUCUGGAUGAAGAUUUUAAACCAGUUAACCAAACGUAUCCAUUGAUCUACAUCACGGAUCCCCGAGCCAAUAGGAUUGCUCAGUGGGAGAAUCAAGCGUCUUCCAUUGGCCUCUUACAAAAGGAAUUUCAACUUGAUGCUUCCCCCAAUCUGGGGAUCUUUAGAAUCACCGUUGAGGGUGGAAGGAGCGAUACCUCUGACCACUGGUUCGAAGUAAAGGAAUACGUGUUGCCGACGUUUAGUGUGAAAACUGAAUUACCGCAGAGGGUCUCUCCUUUUGAAGAAGAGUUCAAAGUCAACGUUUGUGCUAAGUAA